CCUUCCCUUCCCCUCCUCACCAUUCCCGGUAUAGCUCUCCCCUUUCUCUGGCUCGGACUCUUGAGCGAGCCGGCCGGAAGGGAAGGGGAUGUCGGACGCGCUCAUCAACGGCCUGGCCGGCGCCGGCGGCGGGAUCGUCGCUCAGCUCAUCACUUACCCCUUGCUGACCGUGAACACACGCCAGCAGACCGAGCGCGAUCCGUCCAGGUCCGCCGUGGGAGAUGGGGCCGUGCGUCAGAUGCUGGAGGUGGUGAAGCAGGAGGGAUGGGGACGGCUCUAUGGCGGUCUCGCGCCGUCUCUCGUCGGCACGGCCGCUUCCCAGGGUGUUUAUUACUAUUUCUAUCAAAUAUUUAGGGACAGAGCAGAAAGAUCAGCUCAAGAUCGCUGGAGAAAAGGCAUUGGUGAUGGAUCUGUAGGCAUGUUUCAGUCACUUGUUGUUGCUGCACUUGCAGGAUGUGUAAAUGUUCUAUUGACAAAUCCUAUAUGGGUAGUAGUUACACGUAUGCAGACUCACAAGAAGACGAGCAAUGGACCACCUAUUCAUGCUCUAUCAUGUCUUCGGGAGGAGGCAGUUAAUCUUGCAGUGGUUGAGCAUCAGCCAUGCAGAACCAGCCAUGUGGUUCAAGAACUCUACAAUGAAGCUGGAUUGUGGGGCUUUUGGAAGGGAGUAGUUCCUACUCUUAUAAUGGUUAGCAAUCCUUCUAUCCAGUUCAUGUUAUAUGAAACUCUACUAAAGAAGAUCAAGAGAAGACGUUCUUUAAACACAAAAGGUGCUGAAGGAUUUACUGUUCAUGAGAUUUUUCUUCUUGGAGCUGUUGCCAAACUUGGAGCUACCAUCGUUACGUAUCCCAUGUUAGUAGUGAAGGCGAGGCUGCAAGUAAAACAAGGACUUCAUGAUGACAAGAGGCGUCAAUAUACAGGUACAUAUGAUGCUAUCACAAAAAUGAUACGCUACGAAGGUCUUUCGGGUCUUUAUAAAGGAAUGGGCACAAAAAUAGUGCAGAGUGUAUUUGCUGCAGCAGUUCUGUUUACGGUUAAGGAGGAGCUGGUAAAAGCAGCUCGAGUGCUGGUAACGGGAGAGCUCAGACGGAUCAACAAUUCAAGGAUGAAAACACCAUCUUAAUGGCCUUUAUUCCCUGCUUUUAUGUUCCAUUAGUUGCAGGAGUCGUGAUAUUAAGGCAGUAGAUUAUGAUGCCCCUUCAAUCACAGACGUAGUACAUAAGGAACAAGCUGUCUAGCCCUUGAUGAGGCUUGGAAAUGUAUGUGAUCAAUCGUAGUAAUAAUCGAUGAACAUUGUAAAAGGGAUUUAAAUGUUGAAAUCGAUAGCAUCCGCUGACAUUUUCUUCGGAUGCAUGGCGGGGCGGUUGCCGCCGACUUUCCAAGUCGACGGCUGUAGCCUGAAGCCCCACCAGGUUGAGACAUUCUUCCAUCAGAUUUGAGGUAUGCUGCGAAAAGAAGAUUGAAUUGUAGUCAGAUUCAUGUGUAGAUCUGAGAAAACUUGGCAUGUAUUCAUUUUAAAUCAAUUCUGAAUAUCUUGUAAUCA